UACACGUUGCUACAGUAACCUUAUUUUGAAUUCCAAUACGUUCAUUAGCAGCGGAGAUAACACUUACGAACCAUUGAAAAAAAUGCAGAAACGUUGUCAAAGCGGAUAUUCAAGUCAUGUUGUUGUGGCUAAUACAAAAAUAUUUUCUUUUUAGGCCAGAUAACGUACAAAGAAAGAGACACCGUCCGUACGAGUCGCAUGUGCGUGAAAACAAGCGCCCCUCUGCUCCUCCACGCUCAGCGGAAGGGACAUCGGCUCACAUAUCUUCUGCUCUCCGAUUAGAACGAAGGCGAAGCUGCGACCCGCCUUCUGAACACAUCCCUCCACAGAGUGAGUGGCUUUCUGCUCAGACAGCCCAGUGCGGCCGAAUUCAUUUUAUUAUUGUCGCGACAAGGAGCCGAAUCAAAGAUGGAGAGCUGCAGCUUCCAGAGCCAGCUGCUGUCCGUCAUGGAGGUGCUGGCCAAUGCGGCGGUGGCGGAGAUCAACCGGCGAGUGGAGGACAGCUGCGCGGUGCUCCGGCUGGAGGUGAGCCAGAGCCGGCGAGACAUCGAGCUGCUCAAGACCAAGUGCGAGGUGAUGGAGGCGGAGCUGCGGAGGAGCCGGCUGAGAGCCCGAAGGAAAGCAGGAGAGAAGUGUUCUCCUUUAGUCAAAGUAGUUCCCAACACAGAAAGUCAGAGCUCAGACUGGGACAGACGCAUGGAUGCUGAGGCAACAAACCAACUCCAGCAGUGUGCAGACCUGGAAGCUGUUAAUGAAGCUGAUCGCGUUCAGAUCAAAGAGGAGUGUGCUGAGGAGGACACAUGGAUGAGCGAGCCAGACAAUAAACUGAUCUCUGGAGCUGAGCAGCUGCCAUGUUUUGAAGCCACACCACCUGCCCGGACUGACAGCUUUGCAGAGCGUUACCAAUCGGCUGAAAACCCAGCCAACCGUGAAUCUCUGGUUUCCCCAGCAGAUGGCUACAACACUUUCCCAGAGCAGCAGCUUAACAGAAACCAGGAUGAGGCAGAGCUCGUGGUCAAACACGAGAAAGAGGAAGAGCCCAAUGAGAACGCCGCUCCGGUCGAUUCAACCUCCACGCUUGCGACAGAGGAAGCAGAUGCCAAGCUGUGGCCGACAAAUCUGCGCAGAGACGCUGCUGAUCUAGACAUCUCGUUUGCCAGGCAGCAGUUUGAGCAUGCAUUUGCAUCUCAAACAAGCUUACAUUUGGAGGAUAUGGUGCCCAGAAUUCCCUCAGUGGACAAAGCGCACUCUGUGGUGGUGAGUGCAGCUCGGGUGAAAAGACGAGCCAAAACCUUUGGGUUUAAAAGACCACAACCGGAUGAAGGACACAGUGCUUUGUCUCAGAUUAAUUCCUUGGAUUCAAGUUUGAUUCAACAGCAUCAGUACAGAGAUGCAGCACAGAGGAACCCAAACGAGGAUCUGACGUCGCUGAACUCCACUGUCUCUCUGAGCCGUGGCAGCUUUGGCCUAGUGAGGAGGAUGAGGGUGCCCUGGAGGUCCAGCCUCUGUGAAAAGAGGUUCAGCUGCUCAUACUGCGACAAAAGCUUCACCCGGUUCAGUCAACUCAAAGAGCACCUGAGGAGUCACACAGGCGAGAAGCCAUUCAGCUGCAUGCAAUGCGGCCGCAGCUUCACCAAGCAGUGUAAUCUGAUCAGGCACGCCGUGGUCCACAGCGGGGAGAAACCCCAUGAGUGCACGCUGUGUGGAAAGUGCUUCACCCAGAGAUCCAGCCUCAAGUCCCACCAAAAAACAGCUCACUGAGAUCACGGGGGUUUAUUUUCUACAUCUGCAUCCUGUGUGUAAUGACUUCAACGACAUCACACGUUUUUCUGAAGUGUGUAACUGGAGGAUGGCGAUAUUCUGAUAGUCAUUUUAUCUGUUUUAUUGUUGUGUUGCUUUAGAUUAUUAUACAAUAUCAGACAAGUAUUAAGCUUAACCCUCUGAACCCCAAAACCUGUUGAUGGGUCCGAAAGGCUUGUUGUCUUUAUAAAAUCCUCAUAAUUGCACUAUUUAGCAGCCACAAACUGUAAAUUCAAUUCCAUUUCAAUUCAAAUUUAUUUAUAUAGCGCCAAUUACAGUCAAAUUGUCUCAAGACGCUUUACAGAACCCAUAUGCCUGACCCCCAGAGCAAGCCAAAAGGCAACAGUGGCAAGGAAAACACCCUUUUAACAGGGAAAAAAACCUUGAGCACAACCCGGCUCUUUAUGUGGGGGGACCCAUCUGCCUGCUCGCUGGCCGGCAACUCUAUUAGGUACACCUGUUUAAUUGUUUGUUAACACAAAUAGCUCAUCAGUUAAUCACAUGGCCACAUCUCAAUGCUUUUAGGUAUGUAGACAUGGUCAAGACAACUUGCUGAAGUUCAAACCAAGAAUCAGAAUGGGGAAGAAAGUGACUUUGAAUGUGGCAUGGUUGUUGGUGCCAGACGGCUCUGGUCUGAGUAUUUCAAAAACUGCUGAUCUACUGAGAUUUUCACACACAACCAGGGUUUACCGAGAAUGGUCUGAAAAAGUAUCCAGUGAGCCAAAAUGUCUGGGAUCAAAAUGUCUUGUUGAUGUGAGAGGUCAGAGGAGAAUGGGCAGACUGGUUGGAGAUGAUAGAAAGGCAACAGUAACUCAAAUAGCCACUUGCACAGGCUGACCAAAAUUGGACCAUAGAAGAUUGGAAAAACGUUGCCUCGUCUGAUGAGUCGCCAUUUCAGGCGCAACAUUCAGAUAUUAGGGUCAAAAUGUGGAGUAAACAACAUGAAAGCAUGGAUCCAUCCUCCCUUGCAUCAAUGGUUCAGGUUGGUGGUGGUGAUAUAAUGGUGUGGGGGAUAUUUUCCAUGAGACGAGAUAUUUUCUCGUCUCAUGGCUGCUUGGUUUCAGUUUGCAGUCCAAAUCGUAUACUUUUUCUUUGCCCUUACAAAGUGCACACUGUUCCGUGCAGCAUGCACACAACUGGGACAGAGUACUUAUUCCACCCUAAACUUUAACUGGUGCUGUGUAGUGCAAAAUUUGCCCGUCUAUCCUUAGCGACUCACACUUGUUUAUGUUCAUGUUAGACACCAUGAUGUAGGUGAAGGACUGCAGAUCAAAAUGGGCAGACAAGCAUGCUGGCUAGCAUACUGCAAAAUCCAACCGGAUAUAGUAGGAUAUCUGGGUAUUUUUGACAUACUAUAUGUGACAUACUCUUUAUUUGGAUAUACAAAAUGCUUUACUGGUGUACUAUGGUAGUACUGGAAUGUACCAUGGUCUGUCAUGAGAGACUUUGACCAAUUAUGUGUCUUUUCAGAUCAGGUGAGAUGGAUUAAAGAGUUGGAAAUAA